AUGACUGCGUCCGACCCUGCGUUCACGCCCAUCCUCCUCACCCUCCCCUCCCUCACCCCGUCGCUCGCCCUCGAGGUCCUCCCCGCCGGGCUCACCUUCCAUCGCCUGUUCGUACAAGCAGAUGGCAAGACGCACGACAUCCUCAUAGGCCCCGAGGACCCCACCGGCCACCAGACCCAGAAGUACACCAACACCAUCAUCGGCCGCUACUCGAACCGUCUCCCCGUCGGCGCCUUCAAGAUCUCGCGCGGCAGUUUUGAGUCCACCGUCAGUCCGCAAGCGAACGAGAAGCCGACGGUCUCUCUCCACGGCGGCGUCAAGGGCUUCGACCAGUACCCAUGGGAGCCCCUCGUCGACCCCUCGGCCUCGGAGCUGUUCACCCCCGCCGAGCUCGCGACGCUCCAGACUCGCGCGCCAUCGUCGAUGAUCUUCAAGCGGAUCUCCGAGGACGGCGAGGAGGGCUUUCCAGGCACGCUCCUUUGCGAGACGCUUGUCGCGCUCGCGCAACCUGAAGGCGCCCCGGCGCAGACCGCGGACGGCACGAAGGAGAGGAAUCUGGGGAGCGUCAUCAUCGUGCAUCGGGCGAAGCUGCUGGACGACGGGAAGAUCACUCUGAUCAACUUGACUCAGCACUUGGGCUUCAACCUCGACGCAUCCCUUCGAGGAGGCCCAAAGAUGCCGAGCGUGAAGGACCACACAAUCUCUAUCAAGGCCGAUUACUUGGCCGAGACCGACACAGACUUGCUGUCGACGGGUGCUCUCAUCCCGACGACGCGCCCCCACGCGCAUGCAAAGAAGUCGACCGGCUGCAUUGGCGAGGCGUUCCCUGAGAACGGCUACGACGAUUUCUACGCCUUCUCGAAACGCCCUCCGCCGACCGUCAUGUUUGCGUCGGAGAUCACGCCUGAGGUCGAUCUCGUGGGUGCGCUGCUGGCGAGGGACGGCCCGGCGGCCGCGGAGGUCGUCUCGCUCACAGGCGGCAAGAGCGGGCUCCGGAUCAGCUUCGCGACGAACCAGUCCGGCGUGCACUUCUACUCGAACAACUUCUCGGCGCCUGAAAAGACUGCGCGGAAGAAGAUCCACGGCGGCUCUGGUUCCGUUGGUGAUGGGUACACCCCCGGAUCGGCUGCUUUCCUGGGGUUUCAAGCGUCCUUCGCGACGUGGUUGGACCCUACGACGCGCGUACGCGAAGACGAAGACACGAUGCUCACGUCUGGGCAGGUCUACAACAACUCCACGCGCAUGGACGUCUGGUACAAGGCUCCCCCGCGUGAUGCAAGCAAGAGGCGUCGCGGGCGAUCUAUAAAUUAUUGCUUGGAUAUACUUAGAUCUAAGUGGCAGUGGUGCGAAGAACACUUGAGGUUCCGUUAG